CGCCUUAGACCCCGCUUAAAUUCUGUGCGAUAAGACGUGAAUUUUCUGACUUUUCCUUAUCAGCCGACUGCCACUCUACCGCAGCCUUUUUCUUCUCCUCUUCUCCCGCAGAAACUUCCCACCCUCUCUCUCUCUCUUUUCAUCCUCUCCCAAGAAUCACUUUGCACGAACAACUUCCCGAUUCCAACCUCCAUCUACAUCUUCCAUCAUGGGCAAGACAAAAGACACCAAGGCCGUCAAGGCUAAGUCUGCACCCGCAAAGGCUGCCGCGCCCGUCAAGGCCGCUGUGACCAAGGUUGAGAAGUCGGUCGCUAAGUCGGCCAAGGAUGUGGCCAAGAAGGCCACUACCUCCAAGGAGAAGGCUGUCGGCAAGAAGGCCAAGAAGGUCGAGACUGAGUCGGAGAGCGAGUCCGAUUCCGACUCGGAGUCUGAGGCCAGCGCUAGCAGCUCCGAUGAGGCCGACGGUGGCGCCUCCCUGUCUUCCUCUGACUCGGAGUCUGAUUCCGAUUCCGAGUCUGAGUCGGACGUUGAGAUGACCGACGCGAAACCCGAGAAGAAGGCCGUGGUGACUAAUGGCAAGGCUAAGGUCAACGGUGCCGCGAAGGAGAGCUCCGAUUCCUCCGAUUCCUCCGACUCUGAGUCUGAUUCCGAUGAUGAAUCCGACGAGGAGGAGAAGCCUACCAAGGCUGCCAAGGAGGUGAAGGGCAAGGCCGUGAAGGUCGAGUCCGACGAUGAGUCUGAGGACGACGAUGAGGAUGAGGACGACUCGAGCGAGUCCGAAUCUGACGAUUCCGAUUCGGAGGAGGAGUCCGAGUCCGCUGAGGAAAAGCCUGCGGUCGCUGAGAAGCCCUCGAAGAAGAGGAAAGCCGAGGAGGAGCCUGAGGCGGCCUCCAACAAGAAGAGCAAGUCGGAUGGCGAGGCUUCCGAGAAGAGCGCUACCCUCUGGGUUGGCAACCUCGGCUGGGCCAUUGACGACAAUGCCCUGUACGAAGAGUUCCAGAACAACGCGGGCAUUGUCAGUGCUCGCGUCGUCACGGACAAGGAAUCUGGUCGUUCGCGCGGCUUUGGCUACGUCGACUUCGAAAGCCCCGAGGCCGCUGAGAAGGCCUACAACGAGAAGAACGGCGCCUUCCUUCAGGGCCGUGACAUGCGGCUCGACUUCGCGGGCAAGCCCAGCACCGAUGGCGCGCCCAAUGCUAAGGCCGCCGAUCGUGCCCGCAAGCACGGUGAUGUCAUCAGCCCACCGAGCGAUACUCUCUUCGUCGGCAACCUUCCCUUCAGUGCCAGCGAGGACUCCGUCUCGGCCUUCUUCAACGAGGUCGCUCAGGUCCAAAGCCUCCGGCUUCCGACCGAUCAGGAAUCUGGUCGGCCCAAGGGCUUCGGCUAUGUGACAUUCUCAUCGGUUGAGGAUGCUAAGCAGGCCUUCGAGUCUCUCAAUGGCGCCGACAUUGAUGGCAGGCCUGUCCGUCUGGACUUCGCCAAACCCCGUGACAACAACGGUGGCGGCGGUGGCUUCGGCGGCGGUCGCGGUGGUGGCCGUGGCGGCUUUGGUGGCCGUGGCGGCGGCCGCGGUGGCGGACGUGGUGGCUUUGGUGAUCGUGGUGGCCGUGGCGGACGUGGUGGUCGUGGCGGGUUCGGUGGGAACCGGGGUGGCGGUGGUUUCCAAGGCAAGAAGAUCACUUUCUAAGAAAGUGACGAGACACAGCCGCACAUGAGGGAUCGCAACGAGGGCUCUGCACAGUUCCAUCCGAGGGCUUGUGGGUUGUCGGCUUUUAAACUCUAACUCCCCUUAGCCGGGAGUCGUGGGCUUUGAGAGACAGCUUCUUUGCAAAGAAGCAGCGAUAUACCUGAGGGCUUGAUCUUGACUCGGGGGCUGGUUGGCUCUUUGACAGCUCCAAGACGCAUCGGCUCAGUGCGAUGCUGGACCUUUCGCCUCAUUGGGCGGUCGGACAUUUGGUCCUGACACGUUGAUAACGAUGGGUUUCCCUGCACUCUGUGGGCUCGUUGGCUCGUGGGUUCCGUGGCAUCUCUGGCACCGGAGCAUGGAAGCUGGCCGGCUGAUCACCGACCGCGCUUACACUCCAUCGCCUGUGGGCUUUCUGAACGUUCUGAGGGCUUCGAGGGCUUCGAGGGCUUUUGUCUCGGCGGGC